AUGGGUUCCGAUCCUCAGUUUGCCAAAUAUCCAGACCUUACCCUCGCCCAGCACAUCUUCUCCCUAGUAAAUGCGCCCCAGACUGUCCAGCCAGCAUCGUUGAAUUACCUUCAAAAUGCUAUCAAAGACCAUAAGAUGGCGCCGUUAUAUCGGCAUUUGGCCCACCCUACUGAAGGUGUGCUAAAUACCGUGGGAGAGAGCACAGCUCAGCCAUUACAACCACCGCCAAAACCCGCCGCCAGACGGGCGUCUCUCGUGUCAAGCAACCUCCUACCCCCGAAGAAACCUGUACCCUCUGGAAUCCUGCCGUGGGACGAAGCGCUCUAUGAGGAACUCAAGGCUGAUAAUGCAAAGGAGCUGGAGCAGUUCCAGAAAGAGGAAGAAGAGGCUGAAGAGAAGGCGGGAGAAACAGAGGUACAAGCGGCUCGAAGCAAGCGCGCCGAGUUCUGGGCCCGGGUCGGCGACAAGGACAAAGCUAUCGCCGCAUAUGAGAAAGUCUUCGACAAGACUGGGCCGCUGGGCACGAAGAUCGACAUUGUCCUCGCCAUCAUCCGCAUCGGCAUCUUCUUCAACGACAAGGCUUUCACAAAGAAACAAAUCGAGCGGGCAAAUAUCUUGGUCGAGGGUGGUGGAGACUGGGAUCGAAGAAAUCGAUUAAAAGCUUACAAGGGCCUGCACCUCCUCACUGUCCGAUCCUAUAACCUUGCCGCUCCAUUACUCCUCGACAGUCUCUCCACCUUCACCAGCUAUGAACUUUGCAGCUACUCAUCACUUGUCGUAUACGCUGUGCUUGCAGGGUCGCUUUCCCUCAAGCGGGUCGAUUUCAAAGCCAAAGUUGUCGACGCACCCGAAAUCAAGGCGAUUUUGGGGGAUAGCGAGGAGAAGGCGCCUGGCGCGGACGAAGAGAUGAAGGAUGCAUCCGCAGCAACUGCAGAACGUGCUGCUGGGCUUGUCAAUGUCAACACACUUGGGACUAGCAGUUCAGUCCAGUCACAGAACGAAAGCCCAAUGGACGUUUCCUCGCUGGCCGGACUGGUCAACAGCCUCUACAGUGGCAACUAUCGCAAUUUCUUCUUGGCAUUGGCUGCGGUCGAGGAGAACUUCUUGACACAGGACCGAUACCUCUAUGAGCACCGAGCUUGGUUCGUGCGAGAAAUGCGGUUGCGUGGUUAUCAACAACUCCUCCAAUCUUACCGGGUAGUGGGCUUGGCAACGAUGGCACAGGCAUUCGGGGUCAGCGUGGAUUUCCUGGAUAGAGAUCUGGCCAAAUUCAUUGCUGGUGGGCGCGUGAGUUGCACAAUUGACCGAGUGCAGGGGACAAUCGAGACAACCCGGCCGGACGACAAGAACAAGCAAUAUGCCGAUGUUGUGAAACAAGGAGAUGCCCUGAUCACCAAGCUGCAGAAGUACGGCCAGGCUGUGAGGCUGCGAGGGAGUGAGCGGGCGUGA